AAUUUUGAACAAGCAACUAAUGAUAUUAGUGGUUGCAAAUACUCAACUAUUAGAUUAGUUGUUCCAUUUUAUAGUUCUUUACUUGAUGAUUUAGAUAAUUAUAUCAAAAAUUGUUCUAAUAUAAUUAUUAAAGAUGCAGCUAAAAAAGCUCAAGCCAAAUUAGAAAAAUACUAUUCUGAUGCUAAAGUUUUAGAUCCUAGACUUAAAUUAGAAUAUUAUGAAGAAAAUGAAUUUGAUGAUUAUAUUGAAAAUUAUAAAAAACGAAUUGAAGAAUUAUGA